AAGCAGUGCACUUUUUGAGACUCUACUCAACACAUACUGUCGAACAAUUUGCAGUUCAAAGAGUGUGCUUCCGUAAAUUUUUAAAAAAUUGAUUUUAAGUAAACGAACAUUACGUGACAAACAUGGCGGAAGGCGAUAAUUACGAUGAUGAGUUAGUCUCCAGCAACCCAAAUCAACGCAAUUGGCGAGGCAUUUUCAUCGCCUUAUUGGUUAUAAUAAUUGUACUUGCGCUAAUUGUUACCUCAGUGGUACUUCUCACACCACCCGAUGAGGGGCCGCGCGUGAAGGGCCAGCGCAUCAAACUGCAAGACAUCGUGGAUGGACUCUUUAUGCCGCAGCGCGCCAACGGUACAUGGAUAAAUGGCGAGGAAUUUCUUUACCAAGAUCACUGGGGAAGAAUCGUGUUGUUAAAUGCAACUAUUCUAAAUGAGCGAGUGCUCAUGUCAAAUGUGACAUAUAAAACACUUGCACCAUAUACAUUUUCUAUAUCAGCGGAUAAGCGCUAUAUCUUAUUGGCACAGAAUGUCGUAAAACUUUUUCGGCAUUCAUUUUUGGCACAAUACACGCUCUUCGAUAUACAAACCAGUGAAAGCAUCAAGUUGAAAAUCGAUUCACAUAGCGACGAGUGGCCCUAUCUACACUAUGCCCGCUUCGUAACCACUCAAGCGGCUAACAGAGACAAUGCAAGCACCACCAGCACCACAACCGGUGGCAAUGCGCUAGUGAUGGUCUACAACUAUGACAUCUACUACUGCCAAGGACCACGCUCCACCAAUCAUGUGUACCGCAUAACGCGCGACGCAGUGCCUGGUAUCGUCUACAACGGCAUACCAGAUUGGCUUUAUGAAGAGGAAAUCCUGCACUCGAAUAAUGCAAUUUGGCUUUCGGAGAAUGGACACUUAAUGCUUUAUGGCGCUUUCAAUGACUCGCUGGUGCAAGAACAACAUUUCGCUUGGUAUGGCACAACAAGUGGUGGCAAUCCGAAUGCGUAUCUUUAUCCGGAAAUCAGAUCAUUAAGAUAUCCUAAACCAGGCACACAAAAUCCCAUUGCCAAGCUACGCGUGGCCGAUAUACAAAAUCCGGAAGAUAUUAAAAUAAGAGAUCUACAACCGCCACAAGUACUGCAAAAUGAAGAUCACUACUUUAGCAGCGCCAGUUGGGUUAGUGAAACGGAAAUCUGUGUGGUUUGGCUGAAUCGUCCACAGAAUAUUUCGGUGGUCAGCAUCUGUAAGAGUCCAUUGUUUAUAUGCGUUGAGACACAUCGUGUGAGCGGCGACGGACGCGGUUGGGUGGACACAGUAUCGGUGCCAUUGUUUGCAGCGAAUGCAACUUCCUAUGUUGCCAUAUCGCCAUUGCGUGACGGCGCUUCCGGUUACUUCCGGCAUAUUGUGCAUGUUCAUGUUGCCAAAAAGCGCGUACUACCACUAACACACGGACAGUACGAGGUCAAUGAGUUGCUACAUUGGGAUCAGCUGAAUAAUUGGAUCUACUUUUUGGGCACACCGGAACGCUUGCCGGGACAACAGCACCUGUAUCGCGUGUCCGCUUUGCCACCGCGACACGGUUCGGCACACCAACUGCCCGACUGUUUAACGUGUCCGACCCCAUUGCGCAACAGCUAUCAGGGCGCUGAAGGUCAUACCAAAUCACCACCGAAACUGGUGACCGCUUGGGAUGACGACUGGGAGGACUCGGAAGAGCGUCAAACUUUACCACCACCUACGUUGACGCCGGAACACAAGCAUCCGACGGCAUCACACGGCCAYUCGGAGCACAAUGAAUGUCUCUAUCACACAGCCAAAUUUCCGUUGGCGCUGCAGGCGCGUUAUGUGCUCAUCGAAUGUUUGGGUCCAGUGGUGCCGACCACCAGUGUUUACGCGCUCACGGGCUUCUACACUGGCGAGUAUGGUAAGAAGUUGUUACCGAAGAAAAGUGAAGCUUUGGAACUGCUUGUGACUGUGCAGAAUAAUACGCGUUUGAAGGAGAAGAUGUUGCGUACCGCGCUGCCACAGAUAAAAACUUUCCCGGUCAUGAUAUCGGGCGGUUAUCAUGCGCAGGUUCGUCUGUAUUUGCCGCCGGUGCUACGUGAGGAUGAGAUUACACGUUACCCGACGAUACUGCACGUGUACUCAGGGCCAGGUACACAACUAGUGACGGAGAAGUGGCACAUCGAUUGGAAUACUUAUUUGUCUGGGACGAAGGAUUAUAUAGUCAUUGAGAUCGAUGGACGUGGUUCAGCCGGACAGGGUUAUCAGCUGUUACAUGAGAUCUACAAGCGUCUCGGUUCGGUUGAAGUGUCCGACCAGCUGGAAGUGAGUGAAUAUUUGCGUGACAAUUUGCAUUUUAUUGACGGUCGACGUAUGGGUGUGUGGGGCUGGAGUUAUGGCGGUUAUACGGCCGCAUUGGCAUUGGCGGGCACACAGUCAAUCUUUCAAUGCGGCAUCAGUGUGUCGCCGGUGACGAAUUGGAAGCUUUACGACUCUACAUACGCUGAGCGCUAUCUUAGCUUCCCGAACGUAACCGAUAACUACAAAGGCUACGAGGAGGGUGAUCUCUCCAAGUACGUGGAUAAUUUACGCGAUCGUCAAUUCCUUUUGGUGCACGGCACCGCCGAUGAUAAUGUACAUGUGCAGCAAUCGAUGGUAUUAGCGCGUGCGCUCACCAAUAAAGGCGUACUGUACAAACAGCAAAUUUACCCCGAUGAGGGGCACACACUGUCGGGCGUGAAACGGCAUCUUUACCGCUCAAUGACGAGUUUCUUCGAGGACUGUUUUAAGAAGCUGGUGCCGCCCGAAUCGAAAGCUGGACUUGGAAAUGGCGGUGGUAGUGAUAUGCAACAGCAAUAAAGUUACGAAAAUGCUUUAAUAUUGAUUAAUUUCCUUUGAAUAACUGGGAGAGUGGAAAUCACUCAAACGCCUGAAAGUAGGCUCAAGCAGUUUUGAUUACUUACUAUGAUUUGCUUUGAAUAAUUUUGAAGUUAUGCAACAGUAUUUCGGGCAUCGCAAAAUCAAAAUUACAUACAAUAAAACAAACAAGUCGAAAAUUACAAAUUUUUAUGGUUGUGAAAUAAAUACAAAAGCAACAACAGCACGAGCGCCAAAAAGUAGACAAAGCGAAACAAAACCAAAGAUUAAUUAAAAUAAUUUUUGAAUAUAUUUCAUGACUUAACAAAUUUAGGCAUUAUUUUGAAAAACAAAAACUAAGAUUAUUAAACGGAGUUUGAAAAAAGCUCUUUAAGGCACUAACCAAAUGGAAAACGCCUAAAAGCAUACUAAUUUUUUAUUUCUUUAUUGUAGAAAACCAAAAAGUUUUGAAAGGACCAGUAGUUAUUAUUUUGAGUUCAUAAAAUUUUUUCCUUGCAAGAGAGUGUGAAUUAUUAGAAACUUAUUUUUACUUUACGAAACAUUUAAAUUUUUAAUAGAAACCAAUACCUACACGAAACUAACUAGUAUUUUAAGCGUUGACUUAAGUAUUGUGUAAAUUUUAAAAAUUGAGCAAAUAGCAUAAAAAGUACAUUUCUAAA